CUCCUUUAAAAUCAGCCUGAGAACCAACCCUCUCUCCCUAGCCUUUAAUGCUCCAUUCCCACAAAAUCACACACUAAAAUAUUACGCAAACCACAUUUCCUUUCUUCUCAUUCAAUACCACCUACCUGAUGGGCAAGAAAAUGAAGUUUCCUUUUCUGUUCAAACCCACUGAAACCACCACCUUCGCCGCCCCAGCCUGGCCGUGGCCCGCCUGCGUUAACAAUCCCAAAACCCUCUCUUUCCGGGCCGGCCCCGCCGCCACCACCAAUGCCAACAACAUCUACAAGACCAUGAACUCAGCUUAUCUCCACGACAAGAGCACCGCUGAAUUCGCGGAGACUCCGGAUUCAUUUUUCAGCAUCUGCGACUCCUUCUCACAUCGCCAUGAAGAAAGCUUCUCCUGCGCAUCGGAAACCUGUAGCGAGACGGCGGUGAUUAGAGGGCUGAGGUCCGAUAGGCUGUUCUUCGAGCCUGGGGAGACGAGCUCCAUCCUGGAAGAAGUGAAAUCAGACGACGACUUCCCGUACAAAGGAAGCGCGGCAAUCAUGGCGAUGGACUCGAGGGAUCCGUUCACCGAUUUCAGGGUUUCGAUGGAGGAAAUGGUGGAGGCCCAUGGGUUGAAGGAGUGGGAAUGUUUGGAGGAGCUCUUAUCGUGUUACCUCAGAGUCAAUGGGAAAAGCAAUCACGGGUACAUCGUCGGAGCCUUUGUGGAUUUACUGCUUCGUCUUGCUAUAGGUUCUUCGAACGAUACUUCAUCUACUUCCGCCAUUGAUGAGCAAUACUGCUCUUCUUCCUCCACAACCACUCAAUACUCCUUCACUUCCCCCCUCUCGUUCUCUUCGUCGACUUACUCAUCCACCAGCCCUUGUUUCUCUUUACUCGAAAACGAAGAUGAAAUCGCCGUCGAGAAAAAUCAUGUAGACAGUUCGUCUUCAGGUGUUUGAUGGAGUCCCCAGAGAAAAAAAAAUGCAAGAAAUCUGUAUACAUAGCAGUAGUAGUAGAUUAGAUCAGUUUGAUUUGCCUUUUCUUCCUCUGUAGGUGUUAACACGUGUACACGAAUGAAUCAAUGCAAUUUGGCCAUGGUUGAACAUA